GGGGAUGAGGUGUCACUUUGUAGGCCCAACCCCCUCUAACCUGCAAUUUACAAUAGCCGCCCUGGUAUGCGAGAAGGAGGUAGAAUAGGAAUGCCUGUUCUUAGUGAGCCCUCACCCUCUGGAAUCCAUACUGUGAGCUGGCUUUGUUUUGCAGAAGUCUUGAGGAAGUGGCUGGCCACCCUUUGUGACACUAACAGCAGACAAAUUAACAACAUUCUUGAGCUAAUGAAUUUCUUCCUGGGCUAGAGAGGUUAUGAGAACUGGUUGUGAUUAUUUACCUCACUUAGAUAGCUUUAGAAUAAACAUUGUAGUCUGUCACGUUGUAGCUUGCCACAAAGAAUGCCUUUUCACUACUUAAUUAUCUGGGCUCUGUGAAUUGAUCGGGUUUACUAUAUAUGAAUCCUAAAAUAAAGAUUGUGCGUACAGUGCAGUGCAGUGUAACGCGGUGCAGACAGCAAAGGUGUCUCUCCUGUCUUUCUUUUCCAAGCGCUGUACCCCCCGUGUCCCGACAAGGCGUGCGUGUGUGUUUACCUUGCCCGGAGUUCAGAGUGCCCUAGACACUCACGACAAGUGGCGCCCGAAUUCAGGGACUCCGAAGGUCGCUUAGGAAGGUUUUGGUUAUAUCUCCACAGAAAAUGGAAUUCAGCAGUGGGUCCCUGGACGAUGGAUCAGGAUCCGCGCCUCCAGACCCUGUUCGCCAGCCCCGGAGACAACUCCCCAAGGAACCGGAACCGUGCCUUCAGAAGCGAGCGCGAAACCAGCUAGAGGCUGAGGAUGCUGAGCUUGUUCCUAUCGCAGCCAUGGCCAGAUUAAAGCUAAGAAAAUCCCGCCGCUCACAGCGACCAAAUUUAAAUCCCCUCCCUACAUGGGGACAAUUAAAGAAAUUGACCAUAGAAGGGCAACGGCUUGUCCUUCAAGCAGGAAAGCCUUUAAACCCUGAAAACUUGUUUUUAGCUUUAUGUGCCUUGCUCACUGUUGCGUCGGGGACUGAGGUACCUCCGCAUUCGUACUGGGCAUAUAUUCCAAACCCCCCUUUAUUAGAACCUGUAAAAUGGGGAACUAGUGAUAUUUUACUUUAUACCACACCUAGAGAAAUUUUGUCAGCACUGUGGGCUGAUUUAACCCCCCACAAUCAAGAUGAUGGGACAUUAUUCAAUUUUACUUAUUAUGGUAAUCAAAGGCCUAUUUGCAUUGGGGAACCGCCUUGCAUCCCUCUGGGAUGGCAGUAUUGGAUUCAACAUGGAAUAAAAGCAGGCAACAAAAGAACAAGGCUUCAAGCCUUGGCUGCUCAAACCUUUAAUGUUACCUGGAGAAAUUUAACAGCACCUGAUACAAAUACAUUUCCUGUAUGCCCUGAAUUCACUUAUAAAAAUAUUUCUUAUAAUCCCAUAAUUUGGCAACUAUGUAUGGGAAAAUUUGCUAAAAAUAUUGAUGGGUAUAUUAUUUGGGGACCAUUUGGAAAAUUCGUUAAUGGAUGUGCUGAAUGGAAUGAGACAAGAUGUAAUCUCUCUGUUGUGUAUAGUCUUCCAGAUCCAAAGAAAAUAACUGACGGAGCUCCUAUAUUUCAUCAAAAGACGGCUCUCUUGUGGUGGGGAGAUGGUGGAAUCGCUAACCCUGCUGUUGCAGCCGAAGAAUACCCUCAUCACCUUCAAAAUCAUAUUUGGAAGAUCCCAGCCGCUAUGCAACCUGUAACCUUGUACAAUGUUUCAUAUUCAGGGACUAGUCGAUCUGUAUCUACUAAUUAUAAUUUUACUAGGUUUAAAAUGUAUAAUAUUACUGUUUGUGCACCUCUGCCUUAUGUCUUUUUAGUGGGAACUUUUAAUUUUAUACAUUUUUCUUGUACUUGUUUAAAUUGUCAAUUGUUUACAUGCUUAAAUAGCACACUAAAUUUCACUAAGCCUUAUACAGUUAUGCUGUUACAACAAAAAACUCAUAUUUGGUUGCCUGUAAAUUUAACUCGACCAUGGUCUCAAGACCCGGUAAUUUCUGUUACUACUGAAUUUUUUAAACAUCUGUUAAAACGUACAAAAAGAUUUAUUGGAAUAGUGGUUGCUGUACUGUUAAGUCUGAUAACUGUAGCCUCCCUAGCAGCAGUCUCAGGAAUAGCUUUACAAACCUCUUUGCAAGAAAAACAUGUUGUAGAAUUAUGGCAUGAAAAUUCUCAUGAACUUUGGUUAACUCAGUGGCAAAUAAACGCCAGACUACAACAACAAAUAGACCUCCUUAAACAAACAGUUGAAUGGAUGGGUAGAAAAAUAUUGGCUCUUCAGCAUCAAGUGUUUUUAAAAUGUGAUUGGAAUUCAACUACUUUCUGUAUAACCCAACGACCUUAUAAUCAAACAGAACAUGAAUGGGAAAUGAUUAGAAUGUAUCUAAAUGGAAACACCUCUGCCCAGGAGGAAAUAGAAUCUUUGCAUAAUCAAAUUGACAAGGAUUUUGCAAAGCAAAAUGAUGAUGAAUCCCUAGCACAAUUCGCGCAAUUGCUUGCUCAAUCUUUGAAAGGAUUAGAUUCCAAAGGAAUCUGGCAGAGCAUAACCCACACUUUUAGUGGCAUGGGACUUAGUUUAAUUAUAGUUCUCAUUGCCAUAGUUCUUGUGUAUUUUUACUGCAUAAGACGAAAUACUAUUAAUAACCUGAUCUUAUGGAAAUUGUUGUUAAAAAAUAAAAAGGAAGGAAGUGUGGGGGAUGAGGUGUCACUUUGUAGGCCCAACCCCCUCUAACCUGCAAUUUACAAUAGCCGCCCUGGUAUGCGAGAAGGAGGUAGAAUAGGAAUGCCUGUUCUUAGUGAGCCCUCACCCUCUGGAAUCCAUACUGUGAGCUGGCUUUGUUUUGCAGAAGUCUUGAGGAAGUGGCUGGCCACCCUUUGUGACACUAACAGCAGACAAAUUAACAACAUUCUUGAGCUAAUGAAUUUCUUCCUGGGCUAGAGAGGUUAUGAGAACUGGUUGUGAUUAUUUACCUCACUUAGAUAGCUUUAGAAUAAACAUUGUAGUCUGUCACGUUGUAGCUUGCCACAAAGAAUGCCUUUUCACUACUUAAUUAUCUGGGCUCUGUGAAUUGAUCGGGUUUACUAUAUAUGAAUCCUAAAAUAAAGAUUGUGCGUACAGUGCAGUGCAGUGUAACGCGGUGCAGACAGCAAA